GUGUAACUACCCGCGAUAGCGAUCGGCGUGACGAUGGCUUGAAAUAAGCAAUUGCCAAAUAUGUGUACUUUCCGUAAAUCUGCACCAAAUAUUCGGGUCACUUUACUUAAGCGCUGGAUAAAUUCUAUAAUGGUCCCAACACGGAUUUAAACUUAACCACACGUCAAGCAAUAUAAAUGAUAGCGGUAUGACAGCAAUCCAGAGCCUUGCGUAGGUAUUGUUUCAGGAAUCCUUCUAUGAAGGGAGGACGGGUCUAGUACGACCUUGACAAACUAGGAGCGACGCGGGUUACAUUGUGCGAUGCAUAACCGGUCAACAGUGUCCAAUAAGAUACCAGGUAGCAUGGUAUCACUUCCAGUGGCGCAGCUAUUUUUACAAAGUAACAAAGCACAGCAAACAGAAUUUGGGUCAGAUCUACACCUAACGGACCAGGGGAUCGCGCAGCACGUUAUUAUCUCAGCCUGGGAAUUUUCCGUCGAAGGCCCCUCCAUCUAUCCCCAUGGGCAACGAAAUGCUCUUUAGAAUUAUCCACAUUCUCUUUUAGUCCACGAUCCUUUACCCUCCAUUUUAAGGCCUAUUUCCGCCAUCACGACAUGUUACGACCGAGUUGGGCGGCCUAUGGAAAUACUAUGCGUAACCAACGGUCUAUAAUCUUGGCCGCCGUGCUCGUCGUCGUAGCUUUGGGGAUUUUGGGAAGUCGAUACCAAGUCUAUUCACCGUUACAGGGACAAAAGUUCAGUUUUACACAGUCAAAUGCUUCCCCAAGGACAGCUGCAGCGAAUUCCACGCUCGGUUUCGAAAGACUUGUAGCGCUAUCAACCAAACCAAGCUGGCGCACUCGAGGUCUUGCAGCGGCGGCCAACUUGACUGGUCUAGAAUUCACCAUUCCGCCCCAAGCACAAAACUCCGAUGAAUUAGUGGAAGCUUUUAGGAAUAUCGGCGAAAGCCACGGCGCUAAGGUACCGGCCUUCGGAUCGGCCAAAGCAUGGCUGUCGCAUCUCGACCUACUCAAGUAUGUUGUAGCCUCGGGGCUUGAGACUGCGUUUAUCGUGGAGGAUGACGUCGACUGGGAUGUACGGAUUAAAACCGAGAUGGGACUGGUCUCCGACAAUGUUAGGGCCUAUACCGGUGUUAACGAAGAGGACACUACGCCAUUUGGGACGAACUGGGAUGUUUUAUGGCUCGGCCACUGCGGUUCCAUCAUCACGGACGAUAUAAACCCCCCUCCUCGUGUUUAUGCGGAUGAUUCUCGUUGUGAAACUGAGCUAUACUCGGGAUGGUCGAAGCGCUUCUUGAGGGAAAAGCUGGUUGAAGGACAUCGUCAGGUCCAGAUGUCACUUAUGUCCGUCUGUACUUUCGGAUUCGGUGUGACGAAGCAAGGCGCCAAGAAGAUGAUACCCUUAUUGACGAAAGCAUCCGAAGAAGCCUUCGACGUUGCGCUGUCGGGACAUUGCCGAGACCAGAAACUCAAGUGCAUUACCGUCAACCCUCAACUAUUCAACCACUACGAGCCACCGAAGGACUCUGGUUACCUGAGUGACGUACACGUCGGAGACGGGCAAGGAGAAACAAGCGAAGAAGCGCAAUUCGAACACAGCAAGGGAACGACGGGGAAUAUCAUGAAGAGCGCUCGUUGCGAGGCUCUGUUUCACGACACAUGCAUGAGACCUCCCUCGGAGAUAUGAAACUGUACCACUACUUGUAACCCGCUGUAACACCACCCAUAUAGACGUGACGGAAAACUGUGCAUAGACGUAUAAUGAUAAUAAUGAAUUGACAAAGGGAUUCUCAUCCAUAGUAACCACAUAAUACAACACUAUAAAGAGCCUC